GGAAACCUUUUGUUUGGUGAAGGUGGUGGAAUUACAUUUUGACAGAUAUACAUGUGCACGAUACCCUCACCACACGUAUCAAAACACAGUCAUUGGAUUCAGUUUACAAGAAGUAAAACUAAUUUCUUUUCACAAUGGGUAAACAAAAAAAGACCAAAAACUGUUCAACUCAGCGAAUGUCGGCAUUGAAACGAAUGAUCAAACCGAGCGAUGCUCGUCUGAAAGCAAAGGAUCGUCUACCACCGAAAAAGCAAAAACCAUUGGACCUGCAGGCCAUCAAAACACACGAAACACCUCAACAAAGUUCUGCGCUUUUCUUCCAAUACAACACGCAGCUGGGACCGCCUUAUCACAUUCUACUCGACACGAAUUUCAUCAAUUUUAGCAUCAAAAACAAACUGGACAUCAUGCAAAAUCUGAUGGAUUGUCUGUACGCCAAGUGCAUACCGUACAUAACAGACUGUGUCCAGGCGGAAUUGGAAAAAAUGGGACCGAAAUUCAAGUUGGCCUUGCGAAUCAUCAAAGAUGCCCGGUUCGAGCGAAUAACGUGCACGCACAAGGGAACGUAUGCCGAUGACUGUCUGGUGAAUCGAGUAACCCAACACAAAUGUUACAUUGUGGCCACAAAUGAUAAAGAUUUGAAGAAUCGAAUUCGAAAAAUUCCGGGAGUGCCAAUAAUGUAUGUGUCUCAAUAUCGAUACACAAUCGAAAGGAUGCCCGACGCUUAUGGAGCGCCGAAGAAAUAAAUUUUUCGUUUUUUUUCUCUUUCCAAA